AUGUCUAUUGCAGAAUCAGUGUAUGGGCCCUUUAGUGGUCAAGGACUAAUUUUUGGAAUAUUGCUGCUCACUCUCUUCCAGAUUGUGCGCUACUCUACCUCCUUGAUUCGUGGUUUCCCAGGCCCACCUCUGGCGAAGCUAUCAUCCUUCUGGCUCGCAUCACGAUGUAAAAAUGUUCAACGCUCUGAUGAAGUACUGAAAUUGCAUCAAAAACACGGAGACUUCGUCCAAAUCGGGCCCAAUCAUGUGUCUAUCAGUAACCCUACUGCAAUUCAACAGAUAUACGGCCAUAAAACUGGAUUCGUCAAGGGUCCCUUUUACGACGCGUUCCACCAGGUGACGCCAGUUGUCUUCAACACCAGAAAUGUGGCAGAGCACACACGAAAGAGGAAGUAUAUUAAUCCAGCAUUCUCCGCACGCGCUCUAUCGGACUUUGAGCCUUACAUGGAUGCCGAGAUUGUUGGGUGGAAGCGCCAGCUACUCAACAUAUCCAACGGAUCAAACCCGCAAGUUGAUUUUUCUGUCUGGACUAAUUAUCUCGCCUUCGAUGUCAUUGCCAGCUUUGCGUUUGGCGAGCCUUUUGGCUUCGUUGAAAAAGGCAAAGAUGACUAUGGUCUCAUCAAAAUCAUCGACACGCGUGGCGAGUUUAUGAACGCGCUUGGAUCUCUUUCGCCUUUCCUGAGAUCUGUGAUGAGGUAUAAUCCUUUCGACUCAUUCUGGAAGAAUGGCUUCCAUGCGUCAGCAGGCCUUGCAAAGAUUGGAAAAGAAGCAUUCAUGAAGCGAAAAGCCUCUGCAGAUAAUAGCCGAAAGGACCUAUUAAGCUUCCUGUUCAACGCGAAGGAUCCAGAAACAAAACAGCCCAUUCCAGAUGAUGAAAUCAUAGCUGAGUCGAUCAGCUUCAUUGUUGGCGGCAGCGAUACGACGAGUAGCACCAUGACCAACUUUAUCGACUUUGUGGCUCGCGAUGCGGACUUGCAGCGGCGCAUUCAACAAGAAAUUGAUACAAUCUUCCCUGGAGAGCCCUCUGAUGACUGGGUGCCCGGUGAUAAGAAGUUAAACGAUCUAUCCUUACUGAUUGCAACUUUGAGGGAAGUCAUGCGCUUUCGACCUACCAGUGCCACAGGUCUAGAGCGAGUGACACCGCAAGGUGGAAAGACCAUAGCUGGACAGUUUAUACCAGCAGAGACAUUAGUUAGCGUCCCAACCUUGGGCAUCAUGAUGGAUCCGCGAAUCUUUGAGUCCCCUGAGACAUUCAGACCAGACCGAUGGCUUGAGCCAGGUACAGAGAAACUCAUGGAAUUCUUCUACCCAUUUUCAACAGGACCGAGAGCAUGCAUUGGAAGAAAUUUCGCCUGGAUGGAGAUUUUAAAGGCAGUUGUGGUUGUCUUUAAGCUAUUUCAUGUCCAAAGAAGGAAUGAUAAGCCCACAGUGGUCAGAGAAGGAUUCUUCAACAAAGCUGUUGAAUGUGAAGUGGAGAUUCACAAGAGACGUUUCAGUUAG